UUAUAAUUUAAAUCAAAAUGUGGCAAGACAGUCAAGUGAAAUUUGAUGUACCUGUUUCUCAAAUGGACUUGAGAAUCGGAGAACAUUUGAUUGAUAAAUUAGAAAUGAUUGAAGACACUAAAGGUAAUGCAGGUGAUCGUGGUUGUCUUAUGAUUACGAAUUUAAGGAUUAUGUGGCAUUCCAUAUCUCAUCCACGUGUCAAUCUGAGUCUUGGCUUCAAUACAUUUUUAACGGUCACAACAAAAAUCAUAAGUACCAUCUAUGGAGGUACGACACAAGCCUUAUACAUUUUGACUUCGUUCAAAAAUUGUCGGUACGAGUUUAUUUUCAGUAACUUGGAUGCUAAAUGCACUCGACAUUAUACUUCAGUGAUGGGUGUACACAGGGCUUAUGUGUCAUCAAAAAUAUACAGGGAAUUAAAGUUGAGAGUCGGAAUUAUUUAUGAAAAACGACUGAACGUGUUACCUCACGAAAGCGUACAUGAAAAUUUGCCAGGGGUUUGGAAUUUAUCAUCUGAACAGGGCAAUGUCGGAACUUUGAUUGUAACGAACAUAAGAAUCGUAUGGUAUGCUGAAAUGAAUCCACAAUUCAACAUGUCCAUGCCCUACUUAACACUGGCAAGCAUACAAAUAAAAAAGUCAAAGUUUGGACCAACGCUUGUAGUGGUAAGCACCGAAGCAUCCGGCUCCUAUGUCCUCGGGUUCAAAGUGGAUCCAGUUGAAAAACUUUACUCCUUGCACAAAGACAUUACAUCCAUCAGCGCCGCGUAUAAUAAAUCACCCAUUUUUGGUGUAGAAUAUAUCUUUGAGCACCAGUCAAUGCCUCAGUCUGAGCAGGUAACUGAAAAAUUUACAGAAGUUGAGUCUUCCGAGGACGACAUAUCAAACGUCUUCAACAUGUAUUUUGCUGAAGGCAGCACUGAUCAGAGAAAACCGAUCUUGGCUAGCCACUUGGGACUCGCAGCUGAAGAACCGCGAGAAGGAAGCACGCUAGAAACCCUUUGGGAAUUGUUUCCAACGACUACCUCUACAACUGGUAAACAGUGACGCAGAAACCAAAUAAAGUACAAUUUAUUUAUAAUGAGUAGUUAAAUAAUG